AUGCAGAUUGAAAUACGCCCAGUUGCUGAAUCAGAUCACGAUGAAUGGCUCAGGCUAUUCAAUCUUUACUUGGUUUUUUAUAAAGCAUCUUUACCAGAAGAAACUAAAGAAUUCACUUUUAGAAGAUUGCUAGAUCCAGCUAUUCCUAUGUGGUCAGCUUUGGCAAUCCAUCCAGAAACUAAAAAACCAAUUGGCCUAGCGAAUUACCUUCAACAUUUGGCGACCUGGUCAACAGAAGAUAUGAUUUAUCUUAAUGAUCUUUACGUGGAUGAGAAACAAAGGUUGAAGAAUGUUGGAAAGCAAUUGAUCGAGUAUGUUUAUAAAAAAGCAGAUGAAUUAGGUGCCCCAGUAGUUUAUUGGUCAACAGAUUUUGAUAAUCAUAGAGCACAAUUGUUGUAUACCAAGGUUGGUGUCAGGACCAACAAAGUGAAGUAUUUUAGAUCUCCAGAAACAUAUUAG